AUGCCUGAAACACAAUUCUUCGGGUCUCAGGUCGGAGGGGGGACUGUUAUAAACUACAGCUAUACUGAUAUGCCGUGGAAACUAAUGUUCUGGGACUUUUGGUAUUUUCUCAAGUACGCCCGAUAUCUGCCCUGGGUUGUAUGGCCUCUCUGGCCUUGCUAUGGUGGAAAAUUUGACGAGCUUUCAUUCACAUUCCCACAUAUGUGGUGUGUUUUUGUGCACAUCAUCCUUGCUAUACUUCAAGUGACUUUCAUUCUGGCGCUGCCAUCGGUGUUUAUACUUCCUGGAUGGCUCUUCAUAUCCGGAUUCAUUACUUUCUUCGCCGUCAAACAGCUGAUAUGCAGAACUUUAAAUGGAAGCACAAUACAAUACACAUCCGAGCCAAGAUACUCACCUAACUGGGAGAAAUUUGAGCACGAGCAGUGGAUUUUCUUAAACGGCAUUUCCGUCGGAGAAGCCUGGCUCAAGGGAAACCUUAAUCGUCUAGCACUCACCUUCGGGCGACCUGUUAUAGGCAUUCAUAAUCGCACAAGCGGAGUCAUCUUCGAUAUACUAGAAGCUAUAGUUCAACGCUGCUUCGGAUAUGCAACCACUGAUAUCCGUCUAGCUUAUAAGAUCCUCAAGGACAAGCUAUAUAAUCCGCAGUAUACAACAGUGGUCUUCAUUUUACACUCGCAAGGCGGCAUCGAAGGAGGGCUUGUUAUAGACUGGCUUUUACAGGAGGUUCCGCAAGAUCUUCUCGCCAAGCUUGAAGUUUACACCUUCGGCAAUGCGGCAAAUCAUUUCAACAACCCUCAUCGGCAUAAGAAAAGCCAGGAAGCGCAAGUAAAGAAUCCCCAUAUAUUGAACAGGAUAUUUGAGCAGUUUCCUCAUCUACCAGGCGACAUUGACAAAGCAGCCAAAAAUAAUUUUGACAAUGCACAACCUCAUACACUCAUUCCCAAUGACCAGGGCUCAGGGGAACUCGAACCUCACGGUGCAGCCUUGGAUCGAGCUAUUGGACACAUAGAACACUACGCCCAUACUACCGACUUCGUUGCUCUUUGGGGUGUUCUGCAUUUCAUAACCAAUACCCGAGCUUCAUCGGAGAUUCCUCGUUUUGUUGGCCGGCUCUUCGCACACGAAUCUCUUGGGGGCCACUUACUAAACCAGCAUUACCUUAACGACAUGUUUCCAUUGGCUAAAAAUUCAUUUGGAGAGUUUACGGGCUGUGCAGAAAGCAACGAAUUUAUGGAUAGCGUCAUCAACCCACCUGGGCAGGGAGAGGGUGAUAACCUUUUCCAAGCUAUCCGCGAAGGCCUCGGCCAUAGCUUCGCGGCGCUAGAUCGCAUCGCCCCAGCCAAAUCCGAUGUUUCCGUACAAGGAAGAUUGGCCGAGGAAGUAAGUGCCUUGGACGGACCAGUACGGGUUAGGGACCUCAGCCGUCUAUGGCAUUAUAGGAAUGGUCAAACCCCUGGUAGAUUACGAAAAGUAUGAAGGGGUUGGAAAGUGGUUUUGUUGGAGCGCGGGAGAUGGGAAAGGCAUGCUAUUGAUAUUGGUAUUAUUUUUCAUUUCAACUUGCCCCUUUUGAUCGACGGCAUGUGCGGACUUGCAUUUUCUUUGACAGAAUGACUUCCGCCAUUUGAUUUUAAUAUGCC